AUGGGAAACAGUGAAUCAACAAAGAGAUUGACUGUUGAGAGAUCAGAAGAGGAAGGAACCCCAGGAAUUGUUAAGGUAAGAAACAGUUUAAAGGUGACACAGGUGAUUGCGAACUGGGUUUCAUCAGCCUCGUUUCAAUAUUGCAGCGCCUUUCAAUAUUCUUGAACUUUAAAAACUUAUAAUAUAUUCUAAAAUGGUUCAAGAUUUAAUUUACUUUCACGGAUUUCUUGCUAUGUAAGUGGCACACGUCUCUUUUGAAAAAACUCUUCAAUUAAAUUAGUGCCUCCAAUAUUGUCACCCACUAUAAAAGUGCAUCUGUUUAACAAGUUUGUAAUGAGCUACAUCCCCAACAUGUGGCUCUUUCACCCGGUUUUAUUCCCUUUCACUCCCCAGACUCUAUACCGUUCUCUGAUAGAUUUCUUAUAAUUAUAUUUCUGAGAAUUUAGUAUUAAACUAAGCCUUAUUGAUGUUUUCAGCCCUCUCAUAACCUCUCUGCAUCACAGAAAAUGUAUAGAUAAUGUGAGGAGAAAUUCCUUGUUGGUCACUUGCAGGAGUGGAAGGGUUACUGUGCUCACAUAGUAUGCGGGCACAGGUACAAUCCUUGUCAAAGUUUCAAUUCUGCUUUCAAAAUUUACUCUUUGCAAUGCUUUGAUUGCAGCUAAUUUUACCCCUUAGUGAAGUUCACCUAUCACAUGAUUUUGGCGACUGAGAAACAACCAGAUUGAAAGUCAGAUAAGUUUUGACAUGCUCUGUGACACUGAAAUAAAUCCAUCUUUUGUGUUCACUAAACAUGUAGAUUUCUGAACGGGUCAUACGACGUCUCAGAGGAGAAAUUGACUUACCCUUGAAAGGUGAUGAGGAUGUUACCCAAGGUAGGAUAUUUUUGUUUCACAUCUCAUCCAAGGAGGAAGAUUUCAGUAGUGAUAAUGGAUGCUGUAGUGACAGUGUGAUGAUUUAAUCUUUAAUUACUGGGCUUCCUGUGUAGUUUAGUGCCUGCAAACAUGUCAGCAAAGUUUUUAAUCCAUACAUGUCAGCUGACUUAUUUUUGUUAGGCCACCAUAUUUAUGUUGUACAGUAUGUAAGCACGAGGUUUUGUUGAAUAAAGCCUUGAUUUUCCAAGGAUCAAGCUUCUCUUUCAUAACAGAUGCCCUGUGUGUACAUUAUGGUGUCUGUUAAGGAUGACAAUGGCUGGUGAUAGCUGUUUAAAGUGAAGUCAAUCUUCUAAAAUACUCUGUGUUAUAUCAUUCUGUAUAAUGUUGAACUUAAUAGAUGACAUCAAUACGAUUUGGAAGGAAUUGCAGCAUGAGAAAGUCAGGAUGAAACAUCAGGAAGAACAUUUACAAGAGAUUUUGCAGAAUGCUUUUGAUGAGGUGAGUUGUAUUACUGGGCAAUUACUACAACCUUAAACAUUAUGGAAACAUCAUAAUAUCUCUCUACAUAUUAGGGCUCUACAUAUUGGGACUCUAUUGUGUAGGAUCUGGAAGUUGAUUGUGCUCACCAAAAACUACAUAUCUUGGAUCAAUAUCAGUACCUGGGCAACUGCCCACCUACCCCUCCCGUAACCCAACAUUAACCCUAACUUGUCAUCAAUUGACUGUUGUUGAGUUAGGGGGGGGGUAGGUGGGCAGUUGUCCAGAUACUGAUAUUGAUCCUAUAUUUUUAUGCAUUGAAUAAUAAUGUAAAUUAUAAUUACAGUUAUUUAAUUUUUUUUUGUUUUCAGGGAAGACAGGUUGAAGCUAAAAGGCUUAGAGAAAACAGAGGUAGAUUAGGAGACAAAGAUGUACAAGAGAUUGACAACCACUGGAGAAAACUGUUAGAAGAGAAAGAGGCUGAGUCAAAAACAAAAGAAAAUAGGCUUUUGGAAAAACUUACUAAUUUGGAGAAACAGGUAAUGGUGGUAAAAAUUUCAUUUUUACAAGCUCUAGUGUCCUCUUUCCAAGCCAUAUAAAAGUGAACUACCAGUAAUGUUAUAAACUUAAGAAACUUUGAAAACAACCCUACUUUAAGACAUAACUUCAUAAAAUAACUUUCUUUGCUGGCUUUGACAUAAAAAUUAAAACAUGCAGUUAUCUUAUCGAUGUUAGAUUUCAGAAAAGGAAGAAGUGACAUUGGAAAACUUUAAUCAAGCUGUAGAAGAGACAAAACAAAAAUUCAGGUAAGUUUCUGCCAAGUGAUUAGUAUGUUUCACAGGAAAUGCCAAUAAAACUGGCAUGAACUCUCACAUGAUUGGCUCUUUAGUUUGUAAGGUGAUUUUACCAUUUGUGCUGGGUGAGUCAAUUGUGUUUUAGUCAAUUUAUAUCCAACUUGAUUCUUUUUUUCAAUCACAGUGUACCAACAAAGGUCAUAGCUUGCCAACACCUGAAGAAUGAGGUACUUAAUUGCUACAAACAGAAUCCCAAUCAGGCAUUGAAGUGUUCACAGAAAGUUAGAGAUUUCAUCAACUGCGUGGAACAAUCUCAGUUAGUAAGUGUGUGAUAAAUCCUCUAUUCUUUCAAAAUUCAAGUGUACAUCAUUCUUAUCAUCAAUCCUCUCUUGUGCCCCUGGGGUGUAAGGUUAUGACCAGAGACUAACACUGCCUCUUUUCUUUAGCUUCUCUGUUGCAAUCCUUACCUGUGUAGGCAAAAUUUUCAAGAGACAAAUCUUUCUGAUUACCAGUACUUAUAGUUGGACAUUUGUCAAUUGGUGGAUUGUCCUCUUAGGGUUUAUAUUCCUAUGAUCUAGACUUUUUGUUAGUUAGCAAGGAUUUGGCUUUGAAAAGGGAUGUGGUAUGUGUCUCUGUGUGUUCCUUUUGCCAGUUGGUAACUUGGAGAAUAUGUUACUUUGUGUUAAACUCUUUCUGUUUUGUUUUUUGGAUGACGUAAAUUGUAAAUGCACCUUAUGUGCAUGAAUUAUUAUCAUUAUUUUUGUUAUUCUCUUUUAAUGUGAUGCUAUUGUAAGGGCUUGUGAUUCAUAUAUUCACAAACAAAUAUAUAUAGAUUAUUUUUUAAUUUAGUUUUACACAUACCCUUUUAUAAAUAAAGUUAUUAUUAUCACAGGAAAAUACUCAAUGAAGGAAAACAGUAGCCAUAGCACCACAUGAUACAAAGCCUUGCUUUGAAUGAGUGGCUGUGUCAACUAUACAAGAUGAACACUACGUCAAAGAAAUAUUUUAACAUGAAAUGAAGAAGGAUCAACCUUUAAUAUGCUUUCUGAGUUGAAAAAGACUCAACUGACAGUGCAAAGUGUUGAAGAACAAAACACUCAAAGUUUAUUUUGCAUGUGUUGAGAUUUCAAAAUAAGAUUGUGUUUUUGGUAUUUUGUGCAAUUAAGAGGAAGAAUAAAUGGUCUGGUUAGUUUUAAACUGAUUUUAAUUAAUCAUUUAUAAAAUGUUAGAGAUCAGUGCCCCAGUUUCCAGCCUAGGCAGGGGAAUCAAUCUGCUCCAAUAGCAUAGCUCAGGAUUUUUUUCUUUUAUUUUUUUUUUGGGGGGGGGGGUGGAAGGAUGGUAUUCCUAAUGAUUGGGUGCUCUUUGGUAAAAGGAUACCAGAAUCUUGCUUUAUAGGCGUGACCCAUUUCCCUCUAACCUCCAAUAAGAACAAACAGGAACGCAUAAACGAUAUGCAAUUGGCACAGACAACGUUUUUAGUAGUCAAUAGUGUCAAAGACCUCUAUUCUAUUCCUUCUUAAAAUUUUUUGCUUGAAAGUCUACCAUAUUUAGUCAACUUAUUCUAAUAAAUAUAAAUUCAGAAAAAAAAAGCAUUUGCGUGACAAAUGUGGCAAUGGUUCUCAUGAAUUCCUUGAGAUGGGAAACCUAUAGCCUACCCUAGGCGUUCAUCUUGUAAGACGGAACGAAAUAGUCAACGGCGCCGUUUACUAUCGAGCUUCGUCGUACUUACUGAAAUUGAACAUGCUAGAAAACGUAAUUGAACUCCGUAAAGAUACUUUGACAACUUCUGAAGUUACCAGUGUAACUUCUAUCACCUUCCGCGUUAGCAGUCAGCUAUAUCUUACCCCUCUAAGGAACAACGAGCAUUCCUGAUAUUUCUAAAGGAAAGCCUUUAUUCAACCCUUCGAAACGGGGCCUAAAAGAGCUAUCAUAUACAGCGUGAUACUGGGCUUUCGUAUUUUGCAGAUAAUAGCGUAUACGAUUCAGGCUGAAAAUUGCAAUACGUAUUGAUCUUGUCCGUUUUUAACCAUCCUCUGUCCAUCUUGGUUUUUUUUAAUGACUCUUUUUUUUGUCUUUCUCCGGGCAAACUAUUUUAACCCUAAAACUCCAAAGAUCUCGUCCAUAAUUCUCCCUCCUAGCUUCUUCAGAUUUCCUUGUAAUUUAGUUGAGAGAAUUUGGAGUUAGAUUAAGGUAACAUCUUCUACCUGAUAAGUUUGAGUAUUCUCAUAACCUGUUUGCCGGAUAAUGUAUGGAUAUUAUUGGGAGAAGUUUCAUUUUCAUCACUUAUGGGAGUUAAGGGUUAAGACUAUUGGCUUUCCUCCAAGUUGUGACGAAUAUCUGAAAAGAAGUGAAAGCUUGGUAAUACUGAAUAGAUCGUCCCGCAUGACAAUUGUUUGUGUUUAUCCUCUUUUCUUUUUAUUACUGAGUUUUUUUAAUUAAAAUUAUAGAUGCAAGAGCAAUAAUCGUGGAAAAAGCCAAUAAGUCCCUUGCCCCACUCCCCACGGUUUAUCAUUUGUCGCGGCGAAGUGGCAUCCCGUGCACGCUUUUUCCCGCCAAAACUGAAACUUGUCCAGGCGCAAAACAAAUUUUGUUACAAAUAUAAACUGAACUACGGUAGUUUUUUCUGUGCUUCUUUCCUCUCUAUAAUCUCAAAUAGCCAUCAUGAGAAGGAAACCGUGCACUUGCCUUCCUUAGAAAUCUAACUGCUCGUUAUUAUACCAAGGUAAGAUAUUGUUUCAAACUUGAAUUCAAUUUUUAAUUAUCCGCAUCUCGGAAGUCGUUUGCCGAAGUUGUGUCUGAGUGCAAUGGUUUGUGUCCGAUAUUAACAUGAUAUUUGUACUUUGUCUUUCAGGGGAUAUGUUAAAAGGAAAAUAAAGUUUACGCAGCUCGGUCCACCUUGACCCAUGGAACUACCACAGAAUUCUCAAGCUCGACAUAUCAAACAAGGCUUUGUGUAAGUAUUUUACUUCAAGUAACAAAUUACGUUCGCAUCUUUUUCUCGCAGUUUAAGAAUUUUUUCCUAUAAACUCCUUUUCAAACGUUUUUAUAUGGAGGUUACAUGUUCUAAUCUUUCGAUGUUCAUCUUCAUCGAUAUAUAUCAUGCAUGCAUAGAUGAAAUAAUUAGCUUUUGUAAUUAAUCGAAAUUAGCGUUAUUUAAACUUGUUUUUAAAUUGCGGUAGGAAACCCUUAAAUAAUCUGUGCUGGAUUUCGUAUUAUCUGUAAAUGACUGCUGAUAGAGGUGAAAUAUUCCCAGGCUAAAGUAGAAAAAAAAACAAUUAGUCCUUCAGCAGAAUUUUUGCAGUCACUGCUGUUAAUAUUCAUCAGACCAAGAAAGCCUUUUGUCCUUCCCAGGUUUAUGUUUAUGACUGUGAAUGGCUUCCAAAACUCAAACUUACCUAAACACUUAAUGGCUCUCCCGUUAUUUACUCUAUCAAAAUAUCAAGCUCUGUGUGUUUGGAAAAUGGAACAAAUUAACCCUUACUAUAACCAUGUACACUUAUUUGGAUGGUUGAGAAUCCAAUCACUCUUUGUUUACUUGGUAAAUAAUCUACCUGGUAUGUUGGUAGAACAUACGUAAGUCACAGCAGCUCGAAGCAAAAGGGACUGUUUUACAAACUUUUUGGGUGCAUUAGUGGAAAGAGUGCGGUCUACUGCUUUUAAAAAUUAAAAAGUAAUGUUCUCUUCUAUAUUUCAUUUAUUUGUUCAUUCACUUUUUUGGACGAAGCAGGAGUUCUUUUGACAGUAUUCACUGAUGUCGAAAGAGUUCUAUUUUGUAAUGUUUUAAUUCAUUUUGACAGUUUUUCUCGGCCGUGUCUCUGGUUAAAAUUAAACAAGGAAACGAAAACGAAAUCAAAUUAAGCCAUGACUCGGAAAGUUUUAUGUUCAACCGACAUGUAGGAAAACAGACAUGUAUGCUGUUUUUGUGAGAAAACAGGAAAGAUCAAUAGCGGAAACGCAGUCUGUAUAAAAACUGUAAGACAGCUGCUUAGUGGAAAGAUUUUUGUAACAUUUGUCUUACAGGCCUCCUUUUAAAGCAACACGUCGAACUGUCCAAAUACCACCUCCAUCCCCGCCAAUGUUAGACGACAUACAGUCACAAAUGUCCCAAAACGAUCUCUCUUCCACACAACUUUUCCGUUCAAACGCUGACUAUUUCAACAGCAGGAGAUUUAAAACUUCGUCCCACCCUGUUGACUCAUCAUCGUUUGUUACACAAGCAUCAACUCCAAACAGCUUUGCUAGCCAAUGGAACCAGAAAGAAAGCGAGUGGUUUGUAAGCAGCUCGCAGCGCACCCAAUCCAGGUAUUUACAACCAUCGUUGUUAUACGAUGAAGAAGAAGCUGAUUAUGCGCAUGAAGUAGUGGCACAAGAUUCACCAGAGCUCUUUACUCAACACAGUGUCUUUCAUUUACGUGGUGCUCCGUUCAAUGCGUCUGAAUUGGACAUGGAGAAUUCAGAAGGUACAAUAGCUCUCUUAUGUUGUACUCUUAAGAUGUCGUACAACAGGCAAAGGCUCUUAGGCUUUCCUGAAUUAGUGCUACUACAUUGUAUUGCAUGGUGUUAAAAUAUUUCGAGAAGUAAUAUUAAUAUAAGAAGUAAUAAAAAUUGGUCUUUUUUACCCGUGAUUUCUGAACCUUUGUGUCCUGUUAGUCCCGAAGAUGACUUGCUAAAGAACACUUUUGAUGUUUGGUUACAGGUUUUACGAUAUUACCAAAACGCAAAAUUGGGCUCAGAAUCACCUGUAGUUCACUUAUUUGGAAAACUGAAGCAUGUAGUAACCUUAACUGAUCAGGUUUGAAAACUAACACUCAAACAAAUAUUAGUUUCCCAGCAUUUUAAGCUUAAUGCUAGAUGAAUCUUGAUCAGGAAUGAGUGCACACAUAGCAACGUUUUUCGAAUAAACCAUAUCAAGUUUCAUUUUUUCUUGAAUUAUUUUUUGUCAGGUUUUGCUUUUCAAGAUGAUGUCCCUGAAAAAGAAAAUAAUCAAAGCUUUUAUUUGGCCUCAGUCCCACGGCAUAACUUUGACACUCCAGCUCAACUUUUUAUACCAGGUGAAACGCCAUGUUUUUUGUUACUCUUGUCUUAGUGUGUUGUUGAAUGUUGUCAUAUAUAAUGGCUUUAGAAAUUCAGACAAUUUUGCAAAUUAAUAGAUGUCAAACACAGGUCUACACUAUUGGCAUAGCUUUCAGAGGUGUGUUUUCUACCGAGAGCCACGCAUUACUCACGCGUGACGGGAGUACAUUGCACCUGCCUUCACUUGCCUGAAAAACGUGAAAACGACAAAAACAGGACUUGGUCUGUAGGCUUCGAUCUCGGUGGAUCAAUAGUGACAGACGCAUUAGUAGUUCAAUUUCAAUAAAUAUUUAUCUCACCUUGUCUUUUAUCUUAAGCAAACUUGUUAUUUAUCUGCUCCUUAGACUAUGGAGAUCAACCUGAGAACCCGAAUGCAGGGAUAGGGCUUCGCUCUGUCAAUGAGAUACGUAUCCUCUCUAAAAAUAGGAACACUUUCAAUAGUUAAGUAAGAAAACAAUUUUCAACGAGUUAAACUUACAAUGAUGAGAUCAGAAUAGCGUUUAUUAUACUGCUCGCAGGUAAAUGUAAACGGUCGGAAUACUAGAGUCGGUACCAGAGGAAAGAGAAUCGCGGUUUGUUUCGAAAGAAAGUUUCGUAGUUGAAAAUGAUCGAUCUUUCCGAUGGAAAACUUUAAAAGAAUAUCCCAGUCCGCUUAAACUUCGGAUAAAAGGUUUAUCUUGGUAACUCAUAACAUAAAUUGAUAUUAUCCAGUUGAAGUUCUGAAAAGUAUAUAUGUUGAGCAUCUGUAGAUUUCCUUGAUCAUACAAAGCCAACCCAUUUCGUUCAGUAUUUAGCAAAUUUCCCUACUUUAACAUCGUGCAGUCAAAAGUAUUUGACGAGGUAAGCCUUGCUCUAACAUUGCGGUAAUUAACAUGAGAGUCUUUUCGUGGGAAAUCUGAUAGGGAGGAGAAAUGAUGUAUAAGAGCUACAAAGAGGGGCCAGGCCAUGAACUCAGCGAAGAGCCUCCUUAUAGUCACAUUAAAGUGAUGCCAAUAUGUGAGAUGAAUGGUAACAACUGAUAUUGAUUUUAAUGAACAUUUUCAAAGAUUCCAAUCUACUCUUCUUGACAAAGCAAUGCUUGGCUUUCGAGGCCUAAUAAGGCCGAAACAGCCGUACGUGGCAGCUGACACGAUCGCAUAAUUUUCCCUUGUUUCUUCUCCUUUUCUUCUCUCCUUCUCAAUUUCUUGUUUUUUUAUUCUUUUGUUUGUUUUCGAUACUGGAGGCAUAGUGUCAUUAUCAUUGUUGCCUUGAUGGGCAUUCUGUGUUGCACCACUUGUACCUGUCAUCAAGGUAAAAGGUAGUUUUUGAUACAUCAGAAGCAAUGCUUGAAACAUAACAAUCGGAGCUUGUCAAUCUAUUUGUAGUGGAGGUCUGUUAAAGUAGUAUAUGUAGGUAAGGAUGCUACUGCCUGUGUCGUUUCACCAAGUUCUGAAGCUUUACCUUUUAAUAACAGGUGAUGUACACCGAUAGACCUCUUGUGGUGUGCGCUCCAACAGGUUCUGGAAAAACAGUAAUUUUUGAGCUUGCUGUUAUUCGUCUUCUUAUGAACUGUGAGGGAGGACUAAGUACAGCUAAAGUAGUUUAUAGUAAGUGUCUAUGUAGAUACAACAAUAAAAUCUCAAAGAGCUGAUAAUGUAGCUUUAUAAGGCUUGUCUUCCGGCCUUUCACUGAAUAAAUUCAACAUGAAUUUUGAGACGAUUGCGUUCGUAAAUAUGCAUCACGUUUCUUAUAUUAUUUCCAACGUCAUUUUCGUGUUAAUUUUUUAACGCUCAGUUAAGAUAUAAAUUAAGUCUUUCCGCCUGAUUUUCCUCAUGCACAGUGGCCCCUAUGAAGGCAUUAUGCAGUGAACGCUUCACUGACUGGUCGACUAAAUUUGGACCGUUUGGCUUAAGAUGCAAAGAAGUAACAGGCGAUAGUGAGUUGGAUGACCUCUAUGAACUGCAGAGCGUCCAUGUGAUAAUGACCACUCCUGUAAGUCCAACGAUCGAUCGUACCAUAAGCAUACAUGGACAUUGGUCGCCUGACGAGCCAGUUAACCAGUCAUUUGUUUACUGAGUCAAAACGUCAGUAGGUAGUUGAGUCAAUCAGCGAAUCACUGUAAAGAGUUUCUGAAGCUGGCAUUUCGAGCGUUAGCCCUUCGUCAGAGCGACUAGAAGGGGGCUUUGGAAAAUCUUUACGGUGGUCAGUUUACAUUAUCAACUCAGUUGAUAAAACCAAUUAUCUUAAAUACCCCCCACUGACGUAGUCCUGUAGUUUCUUUAGAAACUUACCCCCUUUCGGUAGUCAGUAGUUCAGUUCGUGUGUCAGCCAGUCAGUAAGUUAUUAGUUAGUUUUUCGAUAACUUAGCCGGCCAGUCACUCAGUCAGUUGGUCUGUCAGCCAGUCAGUCAGUUGGUCUGUCAGCCAGUCAGUCAGUUAUCAGUCAGCCAGUCAGUCAGUUAUCAGUUAGUCAUUCGAUCAUUCAGCCGGCUAGCCAUUCAGUCCGUUGGUUUGUCAGCCACUCAGUCCGUUGGUUUGUCAGCCACUCAGUCAGUUAUCAGUUAGUUAUUCGAUCAGUCAGUCAGGUAAAGUCUCAGCAUCAUUGAAGUCUUUUUUUCCCUUUCGAUCAACAGGAAAAAUGGGACAGCAUGACAAGAAAGUGGAGAGACAACAGAUCCCUCGUGCAGUCAGUCAAGCUUUUUCUUAUUGAUGAGGUACCUGACUUUGAACUGCAACAGGGUUAUGACUGGACGCAAUGAACGCGCAAGUCCUAUUGAUCCAACAUGAUUAACAUAAUUUUUUUGAUAGUAACAGAAUUAUUCAUUACUUUAUAUCUAACUUCGAGAAAGGCUUGAACUUAUAACUUAAUCCUUGAGUAAUCUUUUUUGGGGCUUUAUCGAGUUAAAACUUGUGAAAAUUCAAAAUAGGAAGCAAUUUUCUAUCCAUACUCCCUAAUAUUUUAGGUUCAUCUUAUUAACGAUGACGCAAGAGGAGCCACUGUUGAAGCUGUCAUCAGCCGUAUGAAGACCGUUCAAUCCACUAUGACCCGCUGCAGCACUUCAGGAAAUACCAGCAGUCUUGGUAGAGCGGGCAUGCGACUUUUGGCCAUCUCAGCUACCAUACCAAACGUGGAAGAUGUAAGUUUCCUCAGUAAGGUCACUGGCCAAAAUAGUUACUUUUAGGUCUCUUCACAGCCGAGGGCUUGAUUUGGGAGAGAAACAUGAAUCGAUCUGAAGGAAAAACUUAACACAGGCAGAUCACUCCCUAAACAGAGGUAAUCAUGCUGUAAAGUAAUUCUUCGAUGGAAAAAAGCUUCGACAAUUGUUGUUUCCAGAUAGAUUUGGAAAAUGACUGCUUUUUCGGGGAAAUUUAGAGCUGACCUACGCUUCCCUGUGGGGUAAAAUAUAAGGUUAAAUGUUUAUAUUUCUUUUUAAAACAGAUUUCAGCCUGGCUUGGAGGUAUUGACUCUCCUGCAUCUCACUACAGGUAAGAAAUAAUUGUCCUAAAUUUUUUUACUUCUAGCAUUCUUCGUACACAAGUAUUGCGAAAUGAGAGUUUUGUUCUAAAAACUUUCUAUAAGAAGUAAAAUAAAACAAAGAAAAAGGUAUACAGGAGGGGAGAUUGUAUUCAAUUCCAUCCCUAGCGGCCCCUUCCAAUGGGACUCUAGGACUGGAUGGAAAGCAUAUCACAAAUAUUAUGGCGAAAGCCUUAUUUCUCCUCCCUUUCCACCCCUUUCCCCACCUCUACCUAACCAAGGCAUUCUCGUUUAGACUGAUCUAAAAGCUCUGAUCUCAUUGAAUACCUUCUUUUGCAGUAUGGACGAUUCACACCGACCAGUGAAACUACGUAAAGUUGUUCUUGGUUUUCCUAAGGGGAAUAAUUUCUCUGACUUCCGAUUUGACUUGUCUCUGAAUUAUAAGUUGAGUGGCAUCAUUCAAACUUACUCAGAUCGGAAACCUACUCUUGUGGUGAGCAAAAUAUACCGGAUGGUUACAAAUAAAAAGGUUGAGGUUUAUCUUGUUUAAGGAAGGAGUUAUUCGUGAUAAUGCACAAAUAUGUUUAAUGGCAUGUAUUCCUGCGUUGAAAAAAUAAUAUUGCGGUUUAUUCUAAACUAGUUUUGUUCAACACGCAAGAGUGCUCAGCAAGCAGCACAGACGCUUAUGAAAGACGCACGCUUUAUCAUGAACUCAGAGCACAGACAAAGGUAAACCGAUUGAAUUGUAAUUGUUAGGACUGUAGAGUUUGACCUGUUCCGUUUAGCAAUUAGCUGCAUAACUUAAGGAGAAAUGUAUCAAAAAGUAAAUGUGGCUAUUUGUAAUAGAUCGCGAGUUAAACAACACUCGUUUAUCAUAAAGUCACUAACACCACAAUUAGCCUUACAUGUAACAGUGUCAAAGCCAUGUUACAUUUACGUCAGUGAAACAGUUAUGUUACGACCCAUUGAAGGAUCUACUACAACAUUAAUUAUCUUAUAGGCUUCAGAGGAUUGCUAACUCUCUUCAUGAUUCUAAACUGAGAGGUGAGUGACAUGCAUUGAGCGAAACACUUUGCUUGUGAUGAAAAGCCAAUGAACAGGGGGUGAAGUUAUUUUCAACAAAGCGGGGUCGAAACUUAAUCAGUGAAUUUGUGAUUUUAAUUAGUUUUCACACUAUGUAUCCGUGGUAAGAAAACACCUCGAUGUCAGUCCUAAAGUUAUUGUCUCAUAAGACUAUUUUGAGUACUUGGACAAUUUAAUCGUGGUCUUGGUAGUGUCUUUUGUCUUUUUUUUCACAUACGACUUUACUUUGCAGAGUUAGUGAUGUGUGGGAUUGGGUACCACCAUGCAGGACUCGAUCCCACGGAUCGAAGGAACAUUGAAACAAUGUUCAUCAAAGGCGACUUGCCUGUACUUUGUAAGUAUACACGGAGACUAUCGGGUAGUCUUUGACCCUGAAUAAUUUUUACUCAUUCUUGCCUAUCCAUGUAGUAAACAAGGAGUUUGUCUCAUAUGAACCAAGUAUACAUCUUAGCUCAUCAAUCGGAGUUCUCUUAAAAGAGCUUAGUUUGUUGACCAUCAGCCCGCACGAUCGGAAAUUCUCUGGCUCAAAGAAACUCUGACUUCAUGUUGGUCCCCUACUCUAGCCAAAUGUUUCACUUAUUUCUUCCUUUACUUAGUGAAGAAGUUGUUACCUGAGUAUUAUAGUACUUUUGCUUUCCUUAUUUUUUCAGUUGCAACUAGUACUCUGGCUGUAGGAGUAAGUUUUGUUUCUUUGUGUCUUUUUUAUCGAUUUCCCAAUAAAAAUACGAUAGCAUCUAUAACAUUUCAUAGAGUGGAUCUUCAGAAGAAACCCAUCUUUAUUUGUCACUAGAAAAAGUAAUAUUCGUCAAAGAUUAAUUUGAACAAGAGUUUCAUUGUCAGGUAAAUCUUCCCGCUCAUCUGGUCAUCAUCAAGUCAACAUCUCACUACGUCAUGGGCGUGUUUCAAGAGUACUCAGAAACACAAAUACUUCAGAUGAUUGGAAGGGCAGGAAGACCACAGGUAUUUUCACCGAUACUAAACGUAGCAAGACUGUCAUUUGUGGGAAAAUCCUAAACAUUCGUGAAACAUGGCUGACUUCACCGUUGGCGUUUUGUUUGUUUGAUUAUUGCAAGGGUUUAAUCAUUUACCUGAUAGGAAAUGUUUACAUCUCACAAACCAGUCUCAUUGAAUACGAAUUUUCUUUUUCUUAGUUUGAUUCCUUCGCCACUGCAGUCAUUUUGACAACAAUUGCAAACAAGGUAUGUUAUACUGUGAAAGCUUUGUACGUUCCUCUCUCAUUGAGGAUUUUAAUUUUACAUAUGAAUCCAAAUCAGAGCCGGAGGUCCUUUCCUCAUUUUAAAGCUGUUAAGAUUUCACAAAUACCCUAACAAAUAAGUAAGACUCUCAACAAUCCACGAUUUAUAAUUGCCCGUAUCUCCAUACGGGCCGAGAAAGGGCAUCUUAUGUGGCAUAGUUUUAAGAGAGGAAACAGAUUAUCCUCUCUUGGCAGAAAUUAAAACUUAAGUACGAUUAUGUGCGUUAACCUUAGUGAAAGAAACUGUGCAGUCUACCUUUUUUUUAUCAUCCUUAUUAUUUCCUUAACUUGCAAGAUUUUGAACUCCUUAUUUCUGCCUUGUGAGUCAUUCGUUAAGGAAACAGGUUCAAUUAACGAGGAUGAACCGUGGUUUGUUGCAGGGGGUUUUUGAAAUAAUUUUUGUCUCAGUCGCUCCAAAGGCAGAGAAGUGUAGACCACCAACUUCAUUUCAGCGAAAACUGUUGCGAAAGCAAUUUACUCGAGGAAAAAAAGAAACAAGACAACUGAAUCUAAUGUUUCCGAUCAUUUUAAUAACAUAUUUCUUUCAAAUUCACAAUUGACGUACGUGAAAGCAUUACAAGCGAUUGCAAAGAGCGCAUACGACUUCCACAUUCAUAAAUAUCUUUAACAACACUUUUUCAUAUAUAUAUAUAAAAAAAAGGAAAUCAGUCUUAGAAGAAAAAUGCUGGCACCUCGCGUCAUGUAAAUCACCUGUUAGUAAAAGAACAAUAACAAGAAUAGGUAGUGAAAACCUUGAAAAUAAUGCGUAUCACGGUUCAAGAUUCUGUCUUUAAACCAAGGCUAUCAAUACCUCAAUAAUUCCAAGGCAUAGUCGACUACUUCCUCCGUAUGGAUAAGUUUUAAUGUAUCACCCGACGCGCGUAGGGCAAUCAGUUACUGCAGCCUAGGCUGCAUGAGAUUUUGUACAGCUCAAUCAGAAGAGGGCGUAGCUUGUUGCACUUUCGCUCUUAAUUCUGCAAAGGGUCUCUUGUUUCUACAUCUCCUGGGAGCUGAUCGUGAAGUCUUAAGAAUGAUAACGCAACGAAGAAUUAUUUUAAGAUGAACAUUCAAAUGAAUAUUUAUACAAACCUGCUGGGUCUGGUUCAGCACUUUGCAUGGUGAUCAAGGAUUCACAGUUUCUGAUGGAUUAGUAUCAUAUGAACGAGACUGCUCCACAUAGGGUACUUGAUAGGAUUAGAUGAGAAACUCUAUGUAAGUGUCAAGUGUAAUAACACUAAAUUUCGAAACCACUAAUUGUAGCUACAAUGACAUAAUAAUCUAAAUUCCUAAGAUUAUGAAUACCCCAUACGCAGACUAUGCCUAAUCAUUUGAUUUCUCAAAAUGUAAUUUUAUUUACUCAAAUAGUUGGCGUCCAAAGAUUACUUAAACGGAUAGAGAGACUAUUUUCCUGACAUACACGCUUAUAGAGAGUAGAAAAGAUUAGGUUGCUUAUCAACGAACGCUCUAGGUAUCUCAUGCUUGGGUGUUAAGAGGAACUAGAAUGUAAGUUACAAACCUGUUCGGUAUGGUGAUAAUUGUUGGACUUGUAUCGGGCCAGAUCCAAUGUAGUUAUGAGGAAACGGAUUCUGUUCCGCAGGUAUCCAAAAUCCUUGAUCCAUGUCAGGCAUGUUGUUAUUUGCCCAUUUGUUUGGUCUAAUGUUCAUAGUUAACGGAGUUUUCCAGGUGUUGGAAGAAGAGGGCAGUGGACAUGGUGCUACUCCUGGUAUAGUCCCCACAGGAUUAACAGCACUUGGAUUCUGUUCUGCAGAAAUGUUCAUCGGUGGGGGUGUUGGCCAAUUGUUGGGGAGAAAAGGCCUUGACUGUGGUGCUUCUCCUGGAAACGGCCCCACAAGAUUACUAGGAUCUCGAUUCUGUUUCGUAGGGACACCCCUUCCGUGGUCUGUAUAAGCCAUGUUGGUUGGCCAUGCGUUGGGCACAAGGUUCUUCGGUGUGGGAGUUGGCCAAUUGUUGGGAAGAAAAGGCCUUGGCCAUGGUGCUACUCCUGGAAACGGCCCUACAUGUCUUAUAGGAUGUGGAUUCUGUCUAGUAGAGAAAUUGUUUCCUCGGUCUGUGUAGGCCAUAUUCGUAUUUGGCCAUGCGUUGGGCGCAAUGUUAAUCGGUGGCUGCGUUUGACGAAAGUGAGAGGCAGGAAAAAGUACCCUUGGUGUUUCCAUCCUGCAGUGUCUCCCUAUAAAAGAGAAAAAAAUAUAUUAUCUAUUUAUUAUGAUGGCAACCGGUAUCACGUAUACGUUGCUCGACUUUGUAUUUAACUGCUCUCCAUCUCCUUACAUUCCGUUGAAUCGUGUUGCACUGACUCAGUUUUGUUAAGGGGUAUGCAUAGACAUGUGUUGUAUUGCCAUACCCUCGUAUUCCGUUGUGUUAUAACUGUAGUAAAUUGCGACCUGAUGCAGCACUCUCCUGGGUAGCUUUGUUGGCUCUCUGGCGUUCUUUUUAAAAGAUUUCGCCGUUCCUGUUUGAGAGUUAUUUGUUCUGUUGCAUUCAAUUUGUGCAGUCCUCUGCACUACGUUUUGGCCUAGUAGCCUGUGUUGCGUUGAAUGAGCAAGUUGCAUUAUGCUGUAUUCACCCCGGUAAAAAUCUUAUAUCGUAAUGAAGCGAGAAAAGUCACGUAAUAACAGUUACGUGGCAUUACUUCGCACGCUGCUGAGUUAUAUUGAAUAAUACAUUUGUGUUGUGUCCCUCCCAUCUGAGCUGGGUGGCGUUUUGUUGCAUUCCUCUGCAUCGUGCUGCGCUUAAAAGUUCUCCGUUGCGCUGAGUCACCGAGUUCCAUUAAGCUGAAUUUUACCCUAGACUGUAUGGAUACUUAAGAAGCCAUAUAUAUAAACAAUGAGAUUCACUAAACGUUAGUGUGUAUGAUCUUAGUCUGUACUCUUACUUGAUCUCUCCUACUUACCUGGUGGGCCGGGACAGAUCCUUGGCGGGAGAUAACUUGGUUUGGGAUGGCUCCACGGAGGUGCCUCCAACCCAUGCAUUUGUGGAGGACCGCAUGAACGCAUUCGCCGCCGCUCUUGGGCUAUCGGCUUGUCGUAACGUCUGCCCAUCGAUGCUUUUUUCUUGGGUUGCAUCUCUUUAUUUGGAUAAAAAUUCUGUAGAUAAAUUAUGCCACAGGAAGCCUGUUAACAUAAAUUCCUCGUCAAUCACAUCUAGAAUUAGGUUAUUUAAAGGAAUUUUGAACCUUUUUUUUUUAGGAAGACUGCUUUAGUAUCAAUAAAACAUUUUAGGCUCUGGGUAGAGCUUGUGGAAGAUAACGAUAUUCGUUUUCUAUAGUUAGAUAAAGAAAUGACUAGCUCCAAAAGAAGAAGAGGUUAAUUUCAAAAGAUUCACACAAUCUGCUGAAAAAAAAAUUCUAGACCUUAGUUGCUGGUCGAAAUUCUCUUGCUAGAGGGUUCAAUGUAGUCCCGUUGACACCACUGUGAAAGUAAACAAAACGAAGAGUAUGUUAAGUUGAAUCGUGACUUUGUAAUCAAGUAUUUUGAAAGACAGAACUAUUCUCGACACCCUUCUCCGCUGUACUCUUACCCUCCAACCUAAAACUCAAUCACCGUCUAACAUCUCCGUUAAUUUUUCAGAACAUAAUCUGAGUAAGGAUUGUUUGCCACUAAGCAUUUGCAGGUCCUACUCCUUGAACAGACCAGCUACACAGUAUAAUCAGUGAAAAUUUCGGCCGUGAAAUCUCUUACCUUUCAGAACUGGUGUGCGCAAUAUAUUCACCGUGGCUGUUAUGUUGGGAAACACCAGAGUUCUGCGUCAAAAUUAAAAAAAAAAAAAAAAAACCAUUAAAUGACUAUAAUUAAGUAAUUUGAUCCUAAGUUGUUGUUUUUCCAUUAUUCUGUCAAAUCUCACGUAUUAGAUUGUUUCCUAAAAAAGCAAAAAUUUAUUGCCUGAAAAACGAAUGGAGGCCUUAUCUACCUUUCUAGAAAAAUAGCAAAUUGUCAAACUUGAUAAAACGUCUUUCAUGUCACCUAUAGGAGGCUCAAUUUUUUCUUCAGAGAAGUGAGAAAAUGUUUAACUCAAUAAUACCUCUUUCUUGCGACCUGUAACUUGCCUCAAUUCAGGUUUACAACCACUGUUAUUACCUUUUUCAGACGAACGAAUUCAUGGGUUGGUACUCGUUCAGCUGUCUUUCUGCUGCACUCUGCAUCUUUUUCGUUCCCUCUUUCGGGGUCACACACGUGAACCACCUGUGUAGAACGUGGAAACAAACGUGUCAUGGUGACUUUUUGCAUAACAAACUUUGUCUUCUAAUUUGAAUUAUGGAUCUCUUACUCAAGAACGAAAUGGAGGCUUAAUUCACCCUUUGAGAAAAGUAAGAAAAUGUGAACUUAACGAUACCUCUUUCCUGUAAUCUGUAUCCCUGCUCGACACAGGUUCAAAACCAUUGUUAUCAAUUUUUUCCUCACGAGAGCAAUCGGGGAAUGGUGCCUGUUCAGCUAUCUCUUUGCUGCACUCCGCAUCUUUCUCGUUCCCCAUUUUGGAGUCAUGCACCUGAACCACCUGUGUGGAACGUGGAAAAAAUGUGUCAUGUUGACCUGUCCCAAACCAAACAUUGUCUUCCAAUUUGAAUUAUGGAUCCCUUACUUAAGAACGAAAUGUAGAUUCAAUUUAUCCUUUUAAAAAAGAAGGAAAAUGUGAAACUUCUUAAUACCUCUCUCCUGUCGCAUGUAUCUCGGCUGAAUUCAGGUUUACACCCACUGUUAGUUGCCUUUUGUGCAAGAGCGGACUCAGGAGACUGUACUCGUUCAGCCUUCUCUCUGCUGCACUCUGUAUCUUUCUCAUUUUCUCUUUCGGGAUCUUGCUCCUGAGCCACCUGUGUGGAACAUGGAAACAAGUGUGUCGUAGUGAUUUUUCUCUCAACAAAUGUUGUCUUCCAAUAUGAAUUAUGGAUCCCUUACUUCAGAACGAAAUGGAGGCUCAAUUAUCCCUGUAGCAAUAUAGGAAAACGUUAAACUUAAUGAUAUCUCUUUCCUGUCAUCUGUAUCCCAUGUCAACUCAGGUUCACAACCUUUGUUAUUUACUUUUUCAAAAAGUUAACAACAGUGGUUGUGAACCUGCGUGCAUUCGGGGUAUGGUACUCGUUCAGCUUAACCACCUGUGCGGAAGUGGAAACAAACGUCUCAUAGUGAUCUGUCCCACGUCAAACAUUGUCUUCCAAUUUGAAUUAUGUAUCCUUCUGCUAAGAAUGAAAAGUAGGCCCAAUCUACCCUUUUAAAAAAGAAGAUAACAUUAAACCUGGUAAUACCUCUUUCUUAUCACAUGUAUCCCGGCUAAACUCAGGUUCACAACCAUUGCUAUUGACGUUUUCCACACGAGUGCACUCUGGGGUUGGUACUCUUUCAGCCUUCUCCCCGCACUCUGCAUCUUUCUCGUUUCCUCUUUCGGUAUCUUGCACCUGAACCGCCUGUGUCGAAUGUGGAAACAAACGUGUGGUAAUGAUUUUCCCCAUGGAUCCCUUACUUCAGAACGAAAUGGAUGCUCAAUUUACCGUUUUAGAAAGACCGAAAUGUUAAACUUGAUAAUACCUCUUUCCUGUCAUCUAUAUCCCGGUUCAACUUAGGUUUACAACCACUUUUAUCAGUGUCUUCCCCUCGGGCCCCUUCGGGGAAUGGCACUCGUUCAGCCAUCACUUUGCUGCACCCUACAUCUUUCUCGUUCUCUCUUUCGGGGUUAUGCCCCUGGACCACCUGUGUUAAACGUAGAAAACAAACGUGUUGUAGUGAUGUUUACUAUAACAAACAUUGUCUACCAAUCUGGACAUGGAUCCUUACUUCAGAAUGGAAUGGAGGAUUCAUUUAAUUAUUCAGAAAAUUAGGAAAAUAUUAAACUUAAUAACACCUCUUUCCUGUCAACUUUAUCCCAACUCAACUUAGGAUUACACCCAUUGAUAUUUUUCUGGAUCGAUCGAUCGCCCUAUCUGUCAGACUAGUUGUCUGAAAGUGUGUAUUUGGCUUCAAUUUCUAAGUAUCCAUGUAAAGAGUACUAGUGUUGUGCACUUAAUUUGAUUUUUGGUCUAAUGUGAAGAAAAAAGGGGGUUUUAGGUGGCUCUCGCACUGCCAGGGUCGGUGGUGAUUUUGGUGCUCCUUUUCGAAAACUCUGAUAAUACUAAAUUGAGAUAAAUUGUAUACCUUUUCUACUACGUCGCUUAAAGCAUCCGUGUCAUCACUUCCGAUGAAACCCUUCAUGAUUUCACCGACGGCGAAUAACGCCUGCCACAGUGUGACGAAAGGCAUAGUCGCAAAUAGUGAGAAAGGUUGAGAAAAGUUUGAAUGUGUCUUUGUUAAGUGACGUCACAGAGGUAAUUGAUGCUGCGCGUGCGGUUUUCUAAUCGUUAAUUGGUGAAAUUAGCUGGCUUUUUUCGUCACUGAAACUGUUACUAAGUUAACCAAAAAAAUUAGCCGAUUGCAUGAAAAUAAACAAUAACUGAAACUUCAGUCUAUAUUACGCGCCCUUUAUUAAGCGGUUACUGAUUAAAUUCCCCUAAUUCACGUCCCAUAUGUCCUGUAAUUAAAUCUCUGUAAUCUCCUCAUCUCUAUCAAGUGGAUUCCGACAUCCUUUCUUCUUCCUAAGUUUUACAAUUAUUUUGCUAUGCAUGUCUUUGAAACGGUGACCUUUAAAAAUAACAAAUUAAUUUAAUAGAUUCAAAACCACCGGGCUAUCACAUCUUACGCGGCUAUGGUAGAUUUGAUUUGAUUGAGCAACUUUCAUUCGAAAUCUUUUACUUCUCUUUGAUGCUAUAAUUUAUUUUGCAGGAAAAGUAUACCGGCCUUCUUGAAGGCACUCAGAAAUUGGAGAGCAGGUCUGUUUCGCAUGUGAAGCUUACUAAAUGUUUCGAUUUGCUUUAGCUCUUUUGUUGUGCAGAAAGAAAAGAAGUCUUAAACGCGCGCACAGAAUACUUACCUUAUUUACAAUAGACAGAGGGUCCAGAGAAUGUCAACUCUCCUAUUAUUUCUCAUUCACAGACUUUGUUUUAUUAGAUUAUUGGUCAUUUGCUGUCUAAUGUUCUAGCUGUCAAAUGAAUGGCUGUUUUUCAUAGCCCUUAGCUCAUGAUAUUUGUUUUAAGGCCUCUGCGAGGUGUGGUAAACUAAUCCUUUUUACCUUUUUUACUGAUUGAAUAAUGGUCAAUUGUUUAUUGCAGUUUGCACCAUCACCUAAUCGAGCACUUGAACGCAGAAAUAGUCCUUAACACUAUCACAGACGUUUCUAUUGCCAUAGAGUGGUUGAAGUCCACCUUCUUGUAUAUAAGAAUAUUAAAGAAUCCCACACACUACGGUAUGUGUGGCAUGUACGAUAGGGAUAUUCCAUUGUCAUCCAGCAUCUGGCGAAGUGGACAGAGCUGUAGGUUGAUGGUUCUCCAUAAUAAAAUUCUCCGGUUCAAACGGAGAAUUGAGAAUCCAGUCAUUUAACGAUUGCAACUCAAAUUUAGAAUAAUUUGCAAGCCCAAAGGGGUAUCUCAUCGUUAAAGAUGUUUCUCUAUGUCAAAACCUUUUCAUGUGGUGUCUCUUCCAGCUUGAGGGCUUUUAAUAAGUUUUGAAGUAAAUGGCAAACACUGCUAAGAAGGAGGCAGAUGGAAGUUCUAUCUGUAUUUUGAUGACGUUAAUUUCAGCAAAUAGGCGGAGAUUGCAUUUGAAAUAGACAACAAAAUUCGCCUGUUGCCAGCUGUCAUUGAAUACUGAUUAUUUUUGUUUUCUCGUUCACCUUAUAUAGGGAUACCUGAGGGACUUGAGAAAGAGGGUUUGGAACAAAAGUUACAAGGUAUUCACAACAGCAUUCCUCGAAUUAGUCUAUAAUACUGUUUUAUUUUUAGUUUUUGUUUCUUUCUGCUAGUUUUAUUCUCUGCUUGUUUUUAUCGAUCAAUUCAAGUAAUAUUCUAAGCUAGUCUGGUGUGAUGUAGGCCUACAUGGUACGAAAGAGGCUUGCGUGCUUCUACUUACGAUAAGUAAGUCCUAGUAAUUUUAGCCCUUGCUACCUUAGGUCUGUCGAAUCAGAAAUAAUAUCAUGUAUGUUUUUCUUUUCUUUCUGCAAAAUUCUCAACUAUUGAUAAUCCCAAACCAUUCACUUCGAAGACAAUCCAAGCUCCUUCGAGGAAUAUUUCGUAACUGAAAUUUAUUUAUUUUGCAGAUUUUUGUUUGAAGAGCCUCAACACACUGGAAAAGGCUGGGCUCAUAAAAAUGGACGACGGUUUUGAUCUCAAGCCCACAGGUGCUGAUACAAACCAUUCAGUCUUAAUAGAAUAGAGCACAGUAUAUGAAUUUUAAAACACAUUUUCAAAGUGAACCACAGUAAAAACGUUGGGUUAGGAAUUGAGGCUGGAAGAUAAACUAGUUUAUGACAGAACUGGAGCUAAGAACGCUAUCUACUUACUCGUAGAAUUGAUUCACAUGUGACCUCAUCGCACAAUUUCAGAGCAUUAAUAAGGAAACAGAUGAUCUUCGGUGGGUUAAUCAUAAUAUGAGACCAAAUUAGAUAAAACAUUUACUAGAAGAUAUAUAGCAGCAAUCGAAAAGAAUUACUAAUCAUAUAAGUGGAGUUAACGGUUUACUUUAGAGGUAGAGGGUUUCAUUGACCUCUACUCCUUUUUUCUUUUGAAAGUGAAAUAUUGAUAAUGAUGAUAUAAUCUUUCAUUCAGAGCCAGGUCGCCUGAUGGCCAGAUACUGCAUUGCUUACGACUCCAUGAAACAGUUUCUUAACAUCAAAGGAACGGAAAGUCUUAGUGAUAUGGUGAGUAGUAUUCCUAUUCUGUCUUCGUGCAGCGUUGAUCGAGAAACUUGAUAUUAUUCUUGAAGCACUAAAAAUAUGGCGCAACGUAAUGACUUUCAGGUUGAUCUGGUGUCCAAGUGCAGAGAAUUUUCCGAUGUCAAGCUACGAAUGAACGAAAAACGAGUACUAAAUACUCUAAACAAGGACAAAAACAGCGAAAAUGUAAGGUAUAAUUGUACUACUAGAUGACCCUUUCGGAGCGUAAGUUUAUAUUUCAUGCUCGAGCUGUCAUUUACAAUGAACAGCAAGCUUCAAUGUUUGCUCUGUUUUAUUUCGUUUUUGUCGCUGUUGUUGUUUUUUUUCACGGGAAGGUUUCCAAUCAGUGGAAGAAUCAAGUCAACGGAACAAAAAGUUAAUUGGUAAGAAACUGAAUAAUGCAUUUUUAGUUCCUCUUAAACCUUUCAUGUGAUUAAUUUUGUUAAUGAAAUUCUAAUAACACUUUUUCAGCCUUAUACAAGCCACGCUUGGUUCACUUCCAAUAGCGGAAUUCUCCCUAAGCCAAGAUGUUGCGGUCAGUUUGCACAUUAGCCUUUUAAUUUCACUUCCAAUAUCUAAAAUCAAUCCUCCGCACUGUCGGCCAAAUAUCUCUUAUAAUUUCAUCUCUUAUAGUUUGGUGUUCAAUCGUCAAUUUAAUUUUCAUUUCAUUUUCUUUCUUCUCAUCAAUUUUUUUCCUGAAAAUGUUUUGUUGUUGUGAGGUAUAGAAAAAAUUAUUUUCGGGCAAUCCUGGGAGUGAAGGGUUGAAUGGUCGUAGUGCAUUUUUUUAACCGUAACUCAAGCAUACAAUCCGUUAGAUGGCUUGGAAAAAUCGUUUUGAAUCAGAAAUAUUACAAUUAAAAGACCUUUUGUCUGAAAAUGAAAUUGUUAGGCAGGUUAACGUUUCUUUAAAUCUGAUAGUAGGAAACAUUUCAUUUUGUCGUACUAACUUACAGUUUUUGUUUUGAGCAGAAAAUUUUUCGAGCCGGACAAAGAGUUACUCGCUGUAAGUAACGAAACAAUCUGAAAAAAUUUGCAUAUGUUAACACCAUUCACCCAUUCGGUCUACUUUUAAUAAAUACUCCUCUCUGUAAUAACGGAUUUCUGGAGCUCCGUAUCAUGGAAAGUAACUUUCUGAUGACUAAUAUCUCCACCACAAAAACGUUUCAUAAAAACUCAAUGACGGUUUUUCAAUUUCCAGGUUUGACUGAGCUACAAAUGUUGAAUAAUAAUUUUAUGUCACUUCAGAAUUCAGUCAUUCUCGCGAAGUGUAUGAGAGCAAGGUAACUUUUGUUUGAAAGUUUGUGUUUUUGCUUUUCGUCUCACAACCGAUUCUGUCGUUUGAUUAGAUUCAGUUUUCACAGAAAACUAAUUUGUGCAGUAAACUUGAAAAUUAAAAAUCUGUUGUAGAUUAUGGGAGAAUUCCAAGUUUGUCUCAAGGCAACUAGAGAAAGUUGGUAUGUUAUUCAGCUCUUGGUGCUUUGGUAUCAUUUUAAACAUUGCCCUGUCCACACUAAUGAUAUGACACAUCCUAAAACGGUCUUGAGGGAAAUUUAAUGAGAUCUGAUGGCUAAAUCACUAUUUGAAAGCACAUUUGCUCUUCUUGUUUUUUUGUAUCGGAUAAUCCAUAUAUUUAGACAGGGUGCAAAAUAUUUCUAGUAGGCAGUUAACUCUCACGCUCUGUAUAUUUAAUUCUCUACUAGGCCGCAGAAUAUUUCUUUAUUUAUUCAACCAUUUUUAAAACAUUUGUGAUCCUUGCAAUCUGAUUGGCUCUCACUGGUGUAAUUUAUUCAUAAAUCGCACUAUUUUAUGCUAUAAAUCGGUUUUUUUUUCUCAGCCAAUCAGACAGCUUUACUAAAACACAACAACCAACCAAUUACAACGCUUGUUUAGAGAAAUCAAUUUAAUUGCUGGAAAAUGAAAUACAUCUUUUGCAACUUUUUACAAACCAGCUCAAUAUACUGGAUCAAUAAAAUAUAUGUAGAGACUAACGAAAGUUGACUGAAUUUUGGGAUUUUAAAAUAAAUGUAAUAAAGUGGCAAAUGAACUUCGUGUCCUGCAAAUUUGGUCUGAGAUUAUACUUGUGAUUUCAAAUAACGCGUAUAAUUCCAGACCAAAUUGCAUUCCACUCAGUUCAAUUACUGUACAAUUGUAAAUUGGUUUCGAAAAUUUGGUGUCACAUCAGGUGUCACCCUUCAACGGAUAAGUGUGACAAUUCUCAUCACUUUUUUAAAAGGAUAACGAUUUUAAAGGCUGAAACUCAGCUUCCACUGACAUCCCCUGCGGCAGUCUUUGUUUUAAAUUUUUGUGAAAAUUCUACUUUAUUAUUAUUAUUAUUAUUAUUAUUAUUGUUAUUGUUAUCAUUAUCGUAUCAUUGUUAUUGUUAUUUUGUUAUUAGGACCUUCUUUGUCGGCUAUGAUGGUCAACGCUGGGUUGACAACCCUCAAGAAAAUUGAGGAAACAAAUCCUCGAGAAAUAGAAAUGGUAUAAAAAUCAUUGCAAGUUAUUUUGGCAAUCUCCUUUCAGUCAUUCACUGCGCAUAUAUCAACCUCAACAAUUCAAUAUUACGUGUUGUUAACUUUUCAGAUCGUUAAUCGUCAUCCACCUUUCGGAAGUCAGGUAGGCAUGGUCGGCUUAAUAUAUCUGUGGUUUAUGAAUAAAAACACUUGUCAUAUACAAUAUAUCUCUCCUUCAUUACCUUUAGAUUCGGGAAGCAGCUUCAACUUUACCAAAAUAUGAGGUUUCUGUUCAGCAGGUAUAUUAUUUAGUCCAUCAUUACGGAAUAUAUUUCUUGUGUUGUGUAUUUUGUAUUGUGUGUAGAUGUGUGGGUUGACAGUAGGCGUUUCUGGGGUUGAUCAAACUAACUGACGAUCGAGAGCUGAAUAGAUGCAGUAAAAAGAGUAUUAGCUUUGAAAUUAGUCAUGUAAUGUAAUAUAAUUGCGAUAUUUAGACAGGGUGGCCAAGUUCAGCUCAGAGCUAGUUUAAAUGGGGGGCUGUAUAAACAAUGACAUGGCAGACCACAACACCGGGAGCCACGUUCCUUACUCUUUGCGAGAAGUGUGUUUGUUCUGUAUUGUCCCCUGCUAACCAGUAAAGAGAGAGAGACGGGACCUACGGUUUAUCGUCCUUAUCCAAGAAGACUUAAAUGUCUAACCAAUUGAUGAUGUCAAAUCAAAGGUAGUACAUUCUCCUCAGUUAUAUGAAGACCCUGAGUGUUAAUAGGGUCUAUUGGCAAAUAAGACUUAACUAAAAGGAGGUUAAAAGACUUAUCCUCUCAAUAUGCUGAGAAUUAUUUUUAAAAAAACCGAGUAAAGGCUCAAAAACAUAUUAUUUUUAGGUAGCCUAGCCACGCCGACCAUUCGUCUGACAGCUAAUUUAUGAUUUGCCUCGACCGUCGUCACUGACAACCUAAAGCAAAAAAUAACCUAGUCCUUGAAACUCACUUUCCAAACAAUGAGCAUAACCUACUUGACUUUCGAAAAUAUCAAACAAUGGUUUAUUCACUUCAAAAUUUUCUAUGUUAAAGAAAGGGAAACAUCAGCCAAAUCGUUCCGAGAUUGUAAUUACAGUUACCAUGAUGAACUACAUCAAGCGAAAAGAUGCGAUUGGGUCAGCAAGGAACAGCCACUUCUGCCUUCUGGUGAUCGCUGAUACUGAAAACAACGUGGUGUUCAAACAGAAAUUAGGGUAACCAAAAAUUUGUAUCUCCUCAACACCUGAAACUUUAUCCUCUUUUAGUUUCAUCAACAGGAAAGGUAACAGUUGACUUAAGAUGUUGAUCAUAUAUUUUGAGGUUGAUGAGCUAUCCACUGAACAAACCACUUUCAUUGUUUUUACGACAGAGAUUUUGUGUUUUUGAAAGAGGGAUACUGGAGUAAGAGAGUUGACGUACAGCGAACGGCUACUCAGUCUUCAGAUUUGAACAUACACCUUAUCAGUCAAGAAUACGGUACUAAUACAGGAAUGUAUAUAUCAUUAUUGGAUCAAUAUAGAAACAAUAUCAGUACCUGGGCAACUGCGCACCUACCCCUCCCCCAACUCAACAUUAACCCUAACUUGUUUAAGUGAUUGUUGUUGCGUUAGGGAAGGGGUAGGUGCGUAGUUGUUCAGAUGCUAAAAUUGAUCCAAAAUAUAAAUCAUGUUCGUUCUUUGGUCAGUAAUAUUUCACAAAGUGCUUCAUCUCAGUUUUAUAAUUUGUGGCUCAGCGACGUGCUCGAUGUACUGUUUUCUCCUUCGCUUCCGAUGAUAAAUGUUGCCGUAAAAAUGCUUCUUGUGUUCGUCGUUUUUAAUGUUAUUGAUCAUUUUUUGUGAGCUGUAUUGCCAGGUUUCAAUCCUCUGCUAGCUAUGCUGUCUUAAAUCGAGUCCUUUUUGAAAAUUACACCAGAUCUGUAAAACUCGAUCAAUGUUGCUGUUAGUGGUAACGUUCACUUUAUAGAGAAAACUUACUCGGAAUAUAGGUAAAGAAAUGAUUUCCAUUUUUGUGAUGACUUGUAACUGGGACAAGCGCACAGUUUCUUUUUUUUUCUUUUUCAGUUGGUGUGGACGUGAGUAAACGGUUCUCCCCUCAAUACAGUGUUGGGCGGCCACAUCUUAUCGUACGUAUUAGUAAAUUUUCAAAUUGUAGAUCUGACUUUACUUUGAUAAACCUACUCGAAUUUACUAAUCUUUUAAUCUUAAACUGAAUUUUUGAUCUAACGAGUUAUUUAGUUGGUUAUUACGGUUAAACAUUCUCAAAGCAGAUUCACGACAUCGUAUUCUAACUUUUAUACCUAGUGAGAAAUUGAUAAGGUAUUAUACGUACUAAUGCACCAUGGUAUCUGUUUUAUACUCUUUUUUCUAUAUAGUAAUUUAUUUCUCGAACAGAAAUCGAGGAAACUUAAAAGCCUGAAUACCCCCAGUUUUUUAUGUGUUAUUUUAACUACAGGAUUUGUAAUCGUCUGAAUACAGAUACUUUUUUCCAUUAGAUGAAGAAUGAACCACAGUCAUGUGCUCCUAAACUUGUGAAGAGCAAUGCCUCUAAUUCAGGUAAAUUUUUGUCCUCGUUUUUCAAACUCUCUCCUCACUGUCGCGAGGAGGAAGUGAAUGGAGCCGCGCACAUCUGCAACGAAGCAAAAAAUAUGAUAUGGCUUAGGUCGUCCUAAGGAUAACUUCACUCAUAAUGACGAUCCCAUCAUUUAAUAAUUUUAUACCAUUCGGAUCGUUACACAUUCACAAAAGUAAUCAUUUAAUUUUAUUUACGAUAUGGCUGGACUUCAUAAAAAAGCACUGAAAAAUUAGAUGCUAAGAUAAAAUCCGUUGAGAUAGUGUGAAUCGAAAAAAAAAAAAAAAGAAAAAGAAAAGAAAAAAAAUUGACGAUUGGAAUCCACUUUAACUCUUUUUAUGUCGGGCAGUCGUCUUGAAUGAGAAAAUUUUUUAGAUAUAUUUUUUGGAAUAAUUUGUACAACUGAUGAAAACUCUACCUUUCAUACUCUUCAUAAUCACCACUAAAAUUUCAAAUUCGUUGACUGGAAUACUAAAUUCAUAGACUGGAACACUGAAUUUCUAGACUAUCGAACAUCUCCUGCGUGUUCAGUUCUCACACAUUGUAUUUCUUUCACAUAAGAGUCGAAUAGAAGCAACAGCACAUCCAAGGCCGGAACGUCAAAGGUCGCUUGUAGUCAUCGUUGCCUCAACAAGGAAGUAUAUCUUUUGAGAGUUAAUCAUACCUAUAUUCCUCUUCACAGACCUUUAAUUAUAUGUAAUUAAGGUAUCGGUCGGUGUCAGUCUGUAUCCAUCAGUAAUUUCGUAGAAAUAGUGAAAAUUAGGGAUAUUAGUCCACCAUCAGUAGCAUUCUUUUGUAAAACUUUGUGAUUAAUUCUCUUCGGGUCAUGCACAUUUUGCGCAUUGAUAGGCUUAUAAUUUGAUACAUUUACAUUUCGUAUCAAUUAAAACUUCCUUGACAAAACACACAUGUGGCCAUGAAUGCUGCAAACAAGGCGUCAACUCUAAGACAAGGAAAAGGAAGUCACAGGUAAGUUGACUUGAAUGACUCUAUUUGUUUUGGGUCUUUUGUUUUUGUUGUUGUUGUUUUUGAUUUUUUUCAAUAUUCUUUUCCAAUCCAACAAGACUGGGCGUAUCAUUGCUUGCACCAACUAUCUUGCUCCAGCCAGUCCUCGGCGUAUAUUUACAUGUGUGAAUUUUGGCAAUGGUUAGCGGUAGUUACAUAGGGUCACUCUUUGCGCAGGUCUUCAAUAGAUAGUUCCAUAGAAAGCGUAAGAACCUCUUACAAGUGAGAACAGCCUUAACGCCUUAACAACUUAAGCUGAUGAAGUGAUCAUUAACCAUCAGCUUGUAUCAUGACUUGUUUAGGUGGAACAGAAUAAAGAACCAAAUUGUUCACCAUUGAUGAGUACACCAACUAUAGGUAAACCGCUUUCAAUUGAUCCUUAAUGAUUUGAUUAGUUAUGGACUCUCAUUAAAAACAUUCUUAAAAACGAUUAUUCAUGGUCAAAUAAAUUAUUUACUGCACUUUGCUCUGUAGAUAAUCAAAGAAAAAUUACCGAGGUGGAUGAACACGGAAAUAUGAAUUCCUUCCUGAAAAACCUUCACAUAAGAGCGCAAGCCAUUCCUGGCACGCCAGCCAAACGCUUAAAGGUAACUGCCAGUACUAGUUACCCACUGUUCGACGCAUAAUGAAACAUACAUGAGGGUUAUUUUAUAAUAUGAAGAUCCCCUUGCAUUGUUGUCUGAGUUAACUCAAAAGUCUCAUCAUGAUCAUUGCUCUAAAGCCAUCGGCGCCGGAGACCGUUGGAGCCAGCUAUGUGGAUUUAACACUGGACAAAAGAUUUGGUUAUACGCGCAGGAUCCCUUUUCACAUCUGUGAAGAGAGAAGCGAGGAGACUGUGGUUGGUGAGAAAGAACAUACAGGAAGCCUUUGUUGGGAAGAAGUUGACUGGCAUUUAAGAAAAAGAGAAGAACAAAGGGAUACCAGUAAAGAUGAAGGUAUCAUUGUGUUUCAUUGUCUCGUUUUGAGGACCAAUAUUCGCGUUUUUGUUUCUUUCCCUCCUAAUGUAAGGCCAUAGGAUUUUACUCAAUCAUUUUUUAAUGUGAUCUAGUACGUACGUUCUUUCUGACGCAAACUGAAUUUCAUAGGGGUGUAAAUACCAAGAAUACCACACACCCUCCCUAAAAUUUGGACGACCCCGUAUACGGACGUUAUUGUGCUACGGAGUGUCAUUAUACCACAGGGUCCCCUGGUCAGUUGUAAAGACAACAAUUCGCUUACUGGGGCCACUUUUAACACACGGAUGUCUAAUGCAAAAUCGUUAGGGAACAAAUAAUGUUAUCUUAAAGGAAAAAUUAAAAUGUUUCACCAUUUCUUUAGAUCAGUUUGAUGAUGAGCUGCCUUGCUUUAGCUUGAAUGAGCUAUGGAAUGACGAUGAAUUAGCCUUGACUUUAAAUGUUGAAAGCGAUCCUCACACCAGCCCACAGGAGCUGCACUUGCGGCAAAAGAGGAACAAGUCUUUGCACUCUCUUUUCUUCGACGUGGCUGCUCCAGAAAACCGCCAGAAGAUAUCAGUUGUCGAAAGGCCGAUGCCAAGAAGCUCUCGAUUCAAAGCAGAAUCUAACGCGAGAGUAAACUCAUGUGCUCCCUUAUUUCUAGGCAGCAGUCAAUCUAAUAGGCACUUGAGGAGAAUUCCCCUGCCUGUACUACCACCCCCACCCACCCCUGAAGCAGAGGAUUUUGAUCUAACAGGUUACUCCGGGUCCGCAAGAGGUACAUGUAGCAGUUAUUGGAAUAAAGGGCAACUAAAUCUCACUAGCACAGGAAGAAUGAAACAGUGUUCUAGGCUGAGAUCGCCAUCGGAGGACCCCUAUGAUGUUCUAGAGGCAGAAGAUUGGAAUAUCCUGCCUGUUGUUUCUAAGCCUGAAGGACAGACCAACGCUUUAAGCUCGAAGAAGAAGACAGAGAAUGAAACUAAUCUUUUAGGCUCUCAGAGUUCAACCACGUUGGAUACACCAUCAAUGCAAGGAAGCAGUUGUUUACAGAAAGAGAACGUGAUAGCAGUCGAAGAUGAGUGCGCACAGCGAUAUCAGCAAAGGUAUCGUAUUUGCAUUGUACUGAUUCGUUUGUGACCCAAAACUAAAAGAUGCGCGUAGAAAAAUGAAGAAAUUGUCUGAAAGCAUGAACGCAUUAUUCGUGAAGGAGAAAAUAUGAAAUAAGGAAGCAUCUCUAACUCUAAUCCGAUGACAUUUAUAUUUUAUCAUUGCCACACGUGAAGAUGUUUGACGAUUCUGUAAAAUCAACUUUUAACCUUUUUUCUUUUAUUUUAGUCCCUGUUCUGCCUCCUUCUUUUGUUCUAAGUCUUCUGAGAGGUAGGUUUCCACUUGCAAAGGCAUAUAGUAAGCCACACGCUUCUGCAACGUCUGUAUUCAUUAACGAUCAAAGUUGUUAGGCCUAAGCUAUUAUGAUAAUCUUUGAAAUAUUAACUGGGUUUAAUUUUAUCAAUAACAUGACUUCCGGUUACCGAUUUUUUUGACCUAAAGAAAUGAAGUUAUACAUAGCAAAAUAUUUGACUUCGUAAUGGCGAGCAGUGUUGCUUUCCGACCCAUAACUACCCCGCUUUUACCCAUUACAGCUGUGAACAAGACUUCGAAGAGAAAGACGCAUUUGCAGGGAUUUUCAAUGGAUUGUUAUAGACUGAAAAUGGAAAAUAAGACGGGGGAAGAAAAGGGUUCGUGUGAACUCUACUAUCAAGACAAUGAGAAAGUAUUGCGAACAUUUUGUCAACAAAUAACCACAUUUCAAAGUUAUCUCGAAAUUUUGAGUUGGACCGUGAUAAAACAGUUAAAUUGGAUUUUUCAGUUUGAUGUCAGUUUGUAUUCUUUCGCAGACAUCUACUAAUUUAGCUUGAUUAGAUUGUAACCGGUUAUCUUUCGUAUUUUAUUACUUUCACCAAAUGUGUUUUAUGCACCAUAACAGCAACAAAUCCUACGAGGUCU